UAUCUGACUGCGGCCAGUUAUUUCUACUGAAACUAAAACUAAAAUUGCUGAGCUGCGUGGGGCGACUUGUGCUCCAUUACUUGGAAGACAAAGCAGGAUAAACAUGGGGCCACUGAUUGUUCAGGAGGAAUUGGGUACCAGCUGGGCCCCCCCCAAACUCAUCUGCUUUCUACUCAUUUAUCUCUCACUGCCGGGAACUGGUUCUUUAAGGAUAGAAAUGGGGGCGGAGCCUGUGAAAUCCCUGAGGAAUGAAGAAGCGUUUAUCCCGUGCUCUGUAACCGACUGGGGCCCCGGAGACAUUAGUCCCCCCAAACUGACAGUUAAAUGGACCCAGAAAACCUUCGAUGGAAGGGAAGGGCAAGUGUAUCUGUAUCUGUCUGGGAAUCACACCCCCACCCGGCCCGGAUCCUACAUAUCAACCAGUGACCUUAUAACCGGCAAUGUGGGGCUUCACUUACCCCGGGUUCAGUUCACAGAUGAAGGAGAAUAUACCUGCACUGUCAUUUAUACCCCUAAUAAAGCCGUGGGGCACUCUGUCCUGCAGGUGUCAGCUCCCCCAGCCCCCAGGCUGACACCGACUGAUAUCACAAUGGAGCCCGGAACAGAGGCGACAGUUACGUGUGAGGCCGAUGAGUUUUAUCCCAAAGACAUAACUUUCCAGUGGAUCAAAUAUCAACGAGGUUCUGGGAAUGUUCCGUUACAAAAAGGAGUCUCCUACACUCUCCCAAUAGAUAAUGAAGAUGGAACCUUCAGUCAAAGUAGUUUUCUGCGGAUAAAUCCGACACUAGAAGAUAAUGGGAACGUCUAUUCCUGUAAUGUGUCCCACAGAUCCAUGGGAACUGAUCUGCAGCUCAAUCUCACUCUCUCCGUCACAGAGCCAGAUACCCCAAAAAGCCAAAUUAUUAUAGCUGUGGUUGGAGCGGCCAUUGCAGUCGCACUUGCGGCUCUGAUCAUUUAUCUCUACAUUAUGUUCUGGCGGAAAGAACCCCCCAAACUCUCUCCCAUUACCGGAGCGGAACAUUUGGUGCAUAUGAACGAGGCGACUCUCUCCUGCCAGAUCUCUGAGUUCCGACCCAAACCCAUCAGAAUUACAUUGUGUUUGCAAAGAAAUGGGGGAGAAGUGAUGGAAAUUUACUCCUGGGAUUCUGAGGCCCAAACUGGUUCCGCUGCCCCAGUGGCGCAUCCCAGAGAUGAGCAGCGUGUGGUUAUUGCGCCAGAGAGAGAGGGGUUAAUGGGAAAUGGGAAUGUGCAAUAUCUGCCCCCGGCACAGAGGGCGCUGCGAGUGGAAAUGGUUCCUGUAAUAACAACAAGUAAAUCUCGUAUUUCCAACUGUCAGUGCACAAUCCGUAUAACCCCCGACAUAGAGGAAGAUGAUGGGGCAGAACUGACUGUGAGGGUCACUCACUCUGCCCUGAGGGGCCCCAUCUCUGUGUCCUGUCGGCUGGAGGUCAGGGGAGUCAACCCAAAGAUAUCCAAAAUCGUAUCCCCGCUCCGUAUCCUCCAGGGGGAAUCCCUGACCCUGACCUGCCCCAUCUAUGGGUUCAAGCCAAAGCCGCUCUCUGUUACUUGGCUGAAAGUGGAUCCACUGGGUCAGGAAACAGAACUUCUGUGCUGGGAUAAAGGUACAUCCACCAUCUGUGACCCAAGAUAUUUACAUGAGCUGGCAGAAUAUGAAAAACAAGAGGGAGAAGAAGAAGAUCAUCUCAACUACUUCCUAAGCAACGUGACCCUGAAGCCCACAGUCAGGGGGGAUCACGGGGCUCAGUACGUCUGUAGGACUCACCAUUACGCCACAGAACAUACAGCCGAGAAACGUAUGGAAAUGCAGGUUUUAGCUCUCCCAGAGUUGGAUCCCAUACAGACAUCAUCAGAGGUUCUAUCUGUGGGCAAAGAGACCACGUUAUCCUGCAGAAUCCAUUCCUUCCACCCAAAACUCCUGGGAGUUCGCUGGUAUAAGGGGGAUGAGCUCUUGGCAUCAAGCACUGAUCAAGCCCACCGGGGCGACAGUCACCUGUUAGACUGUACCAGCCGUGCCACAUACAGACCCAGUGUGAGGGACAUUGGGAAGAGCUUCCGGUGUGAGGUCUCUCAUGAGAGUCUCCAACAUCCUAAAUGUGUUUCCUGGGAACUGAAACAUCUGGUCUCUAAACCACUGAUAAGUGAAAUAGAGUGUGAGCCUGAGGCCCCUGAGUGCGACCAACCUGUCACAUUAUCCUGUACUGCCCGGGAUUUCUACCCUGCAACCUGCUCAGUCCGUUGGUACCAGGGUCGGAAAACCAUCUCUCCUGCAAACGAUACAGAACCUGCCCAGCAGGACCCCGAGUCCGGACUGUUCGUUAAAACAACAGAAAUGAUAUUUACUCCUACUAUUAACCAACAUGGGGCAGAAUACCACGUGGAGAUCACGCAUUCCAUGGAGAUGACCAUAAGGACAUAUCAUUUAAAGCUAAAAGGGUUCCCAGAUAUCAAAGACAUCACUUGCAAUACAAAUCCCCCAAUAUACGGGAAACCACUAACACUAAGCUGUGAGGUGAUUGGCUGUGAUAUUUGUGAUGUCACAGCAGAAUGGCGAGUAAGUGGGGAACCAAUUGAGAGAGAAAUGAGAAACACUGAAAUAAACCAGAAUUCUGUCUCUUUCAUCCUCACACUAACACCUACAGCAGAGCAUUGUGGGAAAGUUGUCAGCUGUUGGGUAAAGCGAAAAGAUCUGCAACAUCCGCUGAAAAAAAAUUAUCUUCUAAAAUUACCAGAUGUGCCCCCGACCCUAUCAGAGAUCACGGCGUUCCCAAAAGAUCCACCAAUUAACAAAGUAGCCGACUUUACAAUAACCAUCUCUGGUUUCUCCGAGAGGAAAGUGGAGGUGAAAUGGUUCAAGUCUGGGGAGCCGCUCACAGAGCAGGUUGUGACUUCAGAGCCGCGAGUCGGAGAGGACGGACUUUAUUCCUGUAACAGCUCAGUGAGAUUCCCACCAACCGGCAACGAGCUCAUUCAAUGUGAAGUGGUGACCAACAAGGGAAAAUACACCAAACAGUUUCAGUGUAAAUCAAGACGAUUUGCCCGACUUUCACUGGAACCUUCAACACUUUAAAUAAACAAGAGGCGCCUAUAAGGUUUAAAGGGAAACUAACUGCCCCUGAAGUAGGAUCGAGGGAAACGUGACCUCCAUAAAGGUAUAUGCACUGAGUUACCCAGGCGCUAUGGCUCCCCAUUGCUUACAAAGGCUGGGCAGUGCCAACUCCCCAUGGAGGGACCAGAUGCGCAGACACUGAAGCCUGAAGCUGAAUGUAUUUGUUACUUGUACUUUCAUUUUUACCCUUUGUUACU